CACGUGGCCGGCCUCUCGCGUCACGUGGGCCCCGGCGCGGAUCACGAGCACAAACACGGGGUGGUCGGCGCUACCCCGCCUGUCCCCUCCGCGCGGGCCAUGGCCAACGUCUCCAAGAAGGUGUCGUGGUCCGGCCGCGACCGGGACGACGAGGAGACGGCGCCGCUGCUGCGGAGGAUGGCGCGGCCCAGCGCGGGGACCCCGCUGCUGAACGGGGCCGGGCCCGCGGCCGCGCGCCAGUCACCUCACUCCGCGUUUUUCCGAAUUGGACGGAUGAGCAACGUGGACCUGGACGAUGAGCUGAUGGACCCGGAAAUGGACCCUCCCCAUCCCUUCCCCAAGGAGAUCCCACACAAUGAGAAGCUCCUGUCCCUCAAGUAUGAGAGCCUGGACUAUGACAACAGUGAGAACCAGCUGUUCCUGGAAGAGGAGCGGCGGAUCAACCACACGGCUUUUCGGACUGUGGAGAUCAAGCGCUGGGUCAUCUGUGCCCUCAUCGGGAUCCUCACAGGCCUGGUGGCCUGCUUCAUCGACAUCGUGGUGGAGAAUCUGGCUGGCCUGAAGUACCGGGUCAUCAAGGACAAUAUCGACAAGUUCACGGAGAAGGGCGGGCUGUCCUUCUCCCUUCUGUUGUGGGCCACGCUGAAUGCUGCCUUUGUGCUCGUGGGCUCCGUGAUUGUGGCCUUCAUAGAGCCAGUCGCUGCUGGUAGUGGGAUCCCCCAGAUCAAGUGCUUCCUCAACGGGGUGAAGAUCCCCCACGUGGUGCGGCUCAAGACAUUGGUGAUCAAAGUGUCUGGCGUGAUUCUGUCCGUGGUAGGGGGCCUGGCCGUGGGAAAGGAGGGGCCAAUGAUCCACUCGGGGUCUGUGAUCGCUGCUGGGAUUUCCCAGGGAAGGUCCACGUCGCUGAAGCGGGACUUCAAGAUCUUUGAGUACUUCCGCCGAGAUACAGAGAAGCGGGACUUCGUCUCAGCAGGAGCCGCGGCUGGAGUGUCUGCUGCAUUUGGAGCCCCAGUGGGUGGAGUCCUGUUCAGCUUGGAGGAGGGCGCCUCCUUCUGGAACCAGUUCCUGACAUGGAGGAUUUUCUUUGCUUCCAUGAUUUCCACCUUCACCCUGAAUUUCGUCCUGAGCAUCUACCAUGGGAACAUGUGGGACCUGUCCAGUCCGGGCCUCAUCAACUUCGGAAGGUUUGACUCUGAGAAGAUGGCAUACACAAUCCACGAGAUCCCGGUCUUCAUUGCCAUGGGCGUGGUGGGUGGUAUUCUUGGAGCUGUGUUCAAUGCCUUGAAUUACUGGCUGACCAUGUUUCGAAUCAGGUACAUCCACCGGCCUUGCCUGCAGGUGAUUGAAGCCAUGCUGGUGGCCGCUGUCACAGCCACGGUGGCCUUUGUGCUCAUUUACUCAUCCCGGGAUUGCCAGCCCUUGCAGGGGAGUUCCAUGUCCUAUCCACUCCAGCUCUUCUGUGCGGAUGGCGAAUACAACUCCAUGGCCGCCGCCUUCUUCAACACCCCCGAGAAGAGUGUGGUGAGCCUCUUCCAUGACCCACCAGGCUCCUACAACCCCCUGACUCUCGGCCUGUUCACGCUGGUCUACUUCUUCCUGGCCUGCUGGACCUAUGGGCUCACAGUGUCUGCCGGGGUCUUCAUCCCGUCCCUGCUCAUCGGGGCCGCUUGGGGCCGGCUGUUUGGCAUCUCUCUGUCCUACCUCACAGGGGCAGCGAUCUGGGCAGAUCCCGGCAAGUACGCACUGAUGGGAGCUGCUGCCCAGCUCGGGGGCAUCGUGAGGAUGACCCUAAGCCUGACGGUCAUCAUGAUGGAGGCCACCAGCAACGUGACCUACGGCUUCCCCAUCAUGCUGGUGCUCAUGACAGCCAAGAUCGUGGGCGACGUCUUCAUCGAGGGCCUGUACGACAUGCACAUCCAGCUGCAGAGCGUGCCUUUCCUGCACUGGGAGGCCCCGGUCACCUCGCACUCACUCACUGCCAGGGAGGUGAUGAGCACGCCAGUAACCUGCCUGCGGAGGCAGGAGAAGGUGGGCGUCAUCGUGGAUGUACUCAGCGACACAGCAUCCAAUCACAAUGGCUUUCCGGUGGUGGAGCAGGCAGACAACACCCAGCCCGCGCGGCUCCAGGGCCUGAUUCUGCGCUCCCAGCUCAUUGUCCUCCUGAAGCACAAGGUGUUUGUGGAGCGCUCCAACAUGGGCCUGGUGCAGCGGCGACUGCGACUGAAGGAUUUCCGCGAUGCCUACCCCCGCUUCCCACCCAUCCAGUCCAUCCACGUGUCUCAGGAUGAGCGCGAGUGCACCAUGGACCUCUCUGAGUUCAUGAAUCCCUCUCCGUACACGGUGCCCCAGGAGGCGUCGCUCCCACGGGUGUUCAAGCUGUUCCGGGCUCUGGGCCUGAGGCACCUGGUGGUGGUCGACAACCGCAAUCAGGUGGUCGGGCUAGUGACCAGGAAGGACCUUGCCAGGUACCGCCUGGGCAAGGGCGGCCUGGAAGAGCUCUCUCUGGCCCAGACGUGAGGCCGGGCCCCAACCCUGGCGGGCAGCGGCACUGACACCUCCAGCCCCUCUGCACCUUCCCCCAGAGUCACUGGUCUCAGUAAAGCCUCACUCCCUGAGCAGCGUGAGCAGGCGUCCUGCAGAUAGCUGGGUGGCCCACGUGGGAAUGUGCCCUCAGCAUGGGCUGUGGCCUGCGUUCUCUGUGGUUUGUCCAGACCCCGAGCCCCCUUUUGACUUCCUUUGCCUCCCAGGAUCAAGUGCGUGUACGCCAGCUCCUCUCUAGUGACCACAUGUGCCGGGGGCGGGGCUGAGGCUCCAGAUUGCGCUGCCACUUCCUGUCCUCCCCUGGCAGGAGACCCCAGGAUGGGAGCCGGCCUGGCCCCUCAGCCAAGCGGCCGCCCCAGCUGGACUCACAGUGUGAGGGUUUGGGGUGGCAGGACAAGCCCUGGAGAGCCGCCAUGGGGGAGCCCCACUCGCACCCGGGUUUGUACGUAGCUCAAGUGAGCACGGCCCUGGAGGGCGACGGGUGCUGCGCUGGGGUCCCGAGAGCCGAGAAGAGUCAUCGAGGCCUGAGCCCCCAUGUCCAGCCUCACUUCUGGUGCCUGGGUCCUCACGAGGGGUGACUGCCCUGUGGAUGCAGGCUGGGAUGGCACAUGGGGACCCUGGCCUCGGCAGGGACACCCUCUCCUGCCUGUGCCCGCCAUGAAGUGCCGACACAGCUGAGGUGGCCUCUUGCUGGCCUCUGAGGAGCUCUGGCUCAGCCUGGCCGCUCGUCAGGGCUGGCAUGCACCAGAGCCCAGAUGUCCUCAGCCUGCCCACCAAGGGACGUGGGUGCCUCCUCCUAUGGGAUGUGUUCCAGAAGGUUCUGUUGCAGCAGCGUGGUCCUUCCAUGGGGGCUGCAGAUGCCACCUUCAGCUGUCCUCCCUCCCGAGGAACGGCCUCCCGUGAGCUGGUGCCAUGCCCCCCUCCAACCCUCACGGGGACUCGAGGGGUCUGGCAUGUCAGGUCUGAAUGAGAAAUAAAGGCAUCCCCCUCAGACAGCCUGCACCAGCCUCCUUGCUCCCACCUAGCUCAGGCCACAGAUCCCAGCCUGGGACCUUCAGGGCUCUGGGCGCUGAGGGGCCUCCCUGUGACCGGCAGCAGCCACAGGCACCCACUGGCCUGGGGGGUGAGGUUCCAAGUGGGGUCCUGUGGGAGGGCUCCUUCCUCAUUCUGGGCACCGACCACUGUGUCAUCCCCACCCCACGGCCUCCUUUCUGGGGACUUGCUGAAGAGCCUGGCCUCCACCUCCCCAGCUCUUGGGUACAGCCCUGUCCCCGCCUGGGCAAGCCAGUUGGGAACGCUUCUUCCCAGGACCCUCAGCCUGCACGGCACUCCACAGGCCCCUGGCUCCCGCCAGUGUGUCUGGGGGACAAAGCAGAGGCGCUCCAGGCAGGGACUGGGAGCAGCUGAACUGCACUGAAGCAAGACACCUACCUGGCCUCAAAGACUUGGUACCAAAAACGCACGUGCAAUAUCUCCUUCCACUUGUUUUAUAUUGAAUACCUGUGAAAUCAUAUUUUGGAUAUAUUAGGUUAAAUAAAGUGAACUGUUAUAAUUCA